AAAACUGUGAGCUCGUGUGAGUGACUGCCACAAUAGUCGGCGGUAGACAGAAACUUCGCUAGCUACCGAUGUUAACUUAAAGAUUCACCUAAGCUUCCAAACUGUAUACUUUGUGCCCUUAUCGAUUUUUACUCAGGGAUUUUAUUAGCCAAGUUACUAACUUAUACCGCGAUCUUCGCUUGGUAGUCCUCUAGCUAGGUGGCUAGUUUCUGACGCAAUCCUUCACGCGGAUGGUUUGUAAGCCAAACUUUGCUUCGAGAGAUUCAUCCCUUGGAUAACGGGCAUCUCCACUAUUUCAAGAACAUCUCAACUUCAUUCAUCUUCUGCAGUCAGUCAUGGUGGACAAACUGGCCAUAAUAGGGCGCGCUCUGUUGCGUCGUCGUAUUCUGGACUUCUCGCCCGAGGAGACCCGCUUUGCCCGCUGCCUGUCCACUCUUGACCUGGUGGCUUUGGGCGUGGGCUCUACACUUGGAGCAGGGGUCUAUCUGCUGGCUGGGGAGGUGGCGAGGGAGAAGGCAGGCCCUGCUAUCAUCCUCUGCUUCCUGGUGGCAGCUCUCUCCUCCAUGCUGGCAGGACUUUGCUAUGCUGAAUUUGGUGCUCGAGUCCCUAAGACAGGUUCAGCAUACCUGUACAGCUAUGUUACUGUGGGAGAAAUCUGGGCUUUUAUCACUGGCUGGAACCUCAUCCUCUCCUAUGUCAUUGGCACAGCCAGUGUGGCUCGAGCUUGGAGCUCCACCUUUGAUAACCUGGUGGAGCAGAAGCUGUCCAACUUCUUCAGGUCCUCUAUGUCCAUGAAAGUUGAGAGUUCUGGUGUGCUUGCUGAGUACCCAGAUCUUUUCGCUCUCACUCUUAUUUUGCUAUUGACUGGCCUGCUUGCUUUUGGUGUGAGUGAGUCUGCACUAGUGAACAAAAUCUUCACUGGGAUCAACCUGGUGGUGUUGAGCUUUGUCAUUAUAUCAGGCUUUGUAAAGGGCAAUGUGGCAAACUGGAACCUCAUUCUCCAUCAGUUUAUGAAUGAUACCAACAUCACAGCACCAGAAGAGGUGGAAAACUUGUUUGGCAGUGGAGGGUUCGCACCAUUUGGUUUAGGCGGCAUUCUGUCUGGUGCUGCUACUUGUUUCUAUGCCUUCGUGGGUUUUGACUGCAUUGCUACUACAAGUGAGGAAGCCAAGAACCCCAUGCGCUCCAUCCCUGUGGGGAUUGUGACUUCUCUUCUCAUUUGCUUCUUUGCCUAUUUUGGUGUGUCGGCUGCGCUCACACUCAUGAUGCCGUAUUACAAGCUCAACACACAGAGUCCUCUUCCUGAGGCCUUUAGCUAUGUGGGUUGGGCACCAGCCCGCUACAUAGUGGCUGUGGGUUCUCUCUGUGCUCUUUCGACCAGUCUGUUGGGCUCCAUGUUUCCUAUGCCGCGAGUGAUUUUUGCCAUGGCAGAAGACGGCCUCCUAUUCCGUUUUCUCUCCAAGAUUAACAAGCGCACCAAAACCCCAGUUCUGGCCACUGUUGUGUCCGGCAUCAUAGCAGCGCUCAUGGCUUUCAUCUUUGACCUGGCUGCAUUGGUUGACCUCAUGUCAAUUGGGACAUUGUUGGCAUACUCUCUGGUGGCUGUGUGUAUUCUCAUUCUCAGGUACCAGCCUGGCAUGCUGAACUCCUCCAGCCAGAAUGAGAAGCUUGUGGAGCUGGUAGGAGGUGAGAAGGUGGCAGUGUCUGGAGAAAGUGAGGAUGAAUAUGGCCUGGACUCGGAGCAUCCUCUCCCCCAUCAGGAGACCUUCUCCCUAAAACUACUCUUGAUUCCCGCCAAGGACACUCCAACUCAGCUAUCUGGAAAUAUAGUGUAUACCACAUCUGGCAUCAUCUCACUGCUCAUCACUCUGCUGUGUGUGUUGCUGGCUGUGUGUUUGGAAGAGCUGGUGGCAGGCCAGCCUGUGUGGGUGGCUGCAUGUGUCACUCUGACUAUGCUCUGCUUUAUAUGCGUCAUCAUAAUCUGGAGGCAGCCUGAGAACAACGAAGCACUCAGCUUCAAGGUGCCCCUUCUGCCUUGGCUGCCUCUGUUCAGUAUAUUUGUCAACGUCUACCUUAUGAUGCAACUAGAUUCUGCCACGUGGUGCCGCUUUGCGGUGUGGAUGGUCAUUGGCUUCUCAGUCUACUUCUUCUAUGGGAUCUGGAACAGCACAGAGAACCAGAACACUAGCCAGCGGAAAUGCAAACAAAAGAAGAACCCUAUUUACUUAGGAGUCAAUGAGAGUGAGGUAGAUGGUAUUUCUCCCUGAUAAAGGGUGAAGUUUGGUAUUUUUUUUCCAAUAAGUACUAUAGCUUCCUAGAGAAAACAACAGCAAAUUAAUUGUGACGAAUGUAAAAAUAUAAAAGAUCCUGACUGUAGAUAUUUUUUCUAAUGCUUUAUGUAAACAAACCUAGACUGUAUUUGAGUAGUUAAGUAGUUAUGGCCUAAGAUAAUUUACUAAAAAACAAUACAGAAUUUUGACUUGAUGAUGGUUAGUAACAGCCAAUGGUCAUUAUGCAUCAUACAGAGCACACUGGCCUUGUGUGCUGAAGUUGUGAAGCUGCUAUACUGUAGAAGCCAGUGUCUACUAUAGAAUCAGCCAAGGCUAUACAGGGUAUUUGUAAGCAUGUGGCGAUGACUUUUUAUUUUCAUUAUUUGGCCAUGUCACACUGUUAGUUCGUAGCACAGCUUUUCAGUUGCUAAAAAGUCUGUAAUGGCUUCCACCCUGUGGCUUCUUGGUGUAAGGCUGUGAAACAU